AUGGCACUGGUCCGCAGUAUUGAAAAAUGCGGCGGCCAGCCCCCUGUUUCCCCCCAAGACCUGCUGCACCCCGUCACAGUUGCCCUCUUCAAGAUCCAUGGCCGUUUGCGGUCUGAAGUCUGCAGGGUGGCUGGCGUACUCAAGGAUCAGCGGCUUUACAGUAACAAGACGGAUCAUUCUGGUGACGCUUCGCCAACUGCCGGGCUGAAUAAAGAGAUGAGCAAGAAACUUGGGUACUAUGGUCCGGAUAGAGAAAAGGUUCAAACAACCUUCGUUAUGGCUUUACCAUACGCUCAACACCUGCCCGAGAGUGUCACAUUAGAUUACUCGAACAGCAUAGAGUAG